GGUGACCCGGAUGUGGCGCAGGUUGUGUUGACAUCAGAGCGGCGGCGAUCAUCAUCAGAUCAUGUUCUCAUUUCUGCGUUUCUUGUGAGUGGAAGCGGCGCGUCAGUCGCUGUGCGGGCGUCAGGUGCAGCAUCUUCUCCAUGUGUGUCUCCUGAGUCUCGGGAGUGUGUCGUGCUCUUGUUCUUCUGUUCUGAGCGACCCGAGGUCAUCAUGGCGAGUAAAGCGGGAGACGACCCGGACAGCCUGAUGUCUCUGUGUUCCGUCUUCUGCCUGAAGAACCUGCGGAGGACCAUGUGCUUCAGCGGAGAGCAGAAACGGCUCCAGCUGCGGCCCGACGUCUUCCUGCCCGGCGAGAUCUGCGACCGGCUGGUGAACGAGUACAUGGAUCUGCUGCACACUGACAGCGACUUCGAGCCGCAGGACGGCUUCUUCCAGCUCUUCAGUGACCCGCGCAGCACCAGACUGACCCGCCUGCAGCUGAGGGAGGAUCUGGUGCGAGACCGAGACCUGGAGGCCAUCGGCACCAUGUGCUUCAGCGGAGAGCAGAACCGGCUCCAGCUGCGGCCCGACGUCUUCCUGCCCGGCGAGAUCUGCGACCGGCUGGUGAACGAGUACAUGGAUCUGCUGCACACUGACAGCGACUUCGAGCCGCAGGACGGCUUCUUCCAGCUCUUCAGUGACCCGCGCAGCACCAGACUGACCCGCCUGCAGCUGAGGGAGGAUCUGGUGCGAGACCGAGACCUGGAGGCCAUCGGGAAACAGGAUCUGAUGGAGCUUCAUCUGACCUGCUGUAACCGUCUGACGGCGCGCAGCCUGCGGACGCUCUGCAGCUUCAAACACUCGCUGCGGUCGCUCAGUGUCUUCGGCUGCUCCAGCAUCUUCUUCAGGAAGAGCGGCGCUCCGCUGGCGUACGACGAGGAGGACGAGGAGGAUCUGCAGCGGCACACGGUGGACCUGGACUUCAGCUUCCAGGGCUUCAACCGUCUGCGUCUGCUGAACCUGGGAGGCCUUCGGGCGGAACUGGACGUGGAGACGCUGCUGCGGCCGCUGCUCGCUCUGACCUCGCUGGACCUGUCGUCCGUCCAUCUGCCUCGACCGGCCUUCCUCACACAGUGGAGCGAGCGACUGGCGUCUCUGGUGCUGUAUAACGUGGAGCUGACGGAGGAGCUGAUCCACACGCUGCUGCAGAUGAGCAGACUGAGACACCUGGAUAUCUCGCGAGAGAAUCAGAGAACGUCUAAAUUCAAGAUGACGAGGAAGACCUUGAGCAGUAUCGUUCAGAGUUUGGUCGAUCUGGUGUCUCUGGACAUCUCUGGACACAUCAUGCUGGAUAACUGCACGGUGCCGGCGCUUGAGGACGUUGUGGGCCGGCCGAGCAUCGAGCCGUGUAAGAGCAGCAUUUACCCGUUUCAGGAGCUGAAGAGGCCGCUGCAGUUCUUAGGACUGUACAACACAACGCUCUGCAACGUCACACACAUACCCGCAUCUAAGGUCACUGGCUCCAAGAACGAGGAUCAGAUUCUGAACGCUAUCGAGGCGUACACGGAACAACGACCUGAGCUGGCCCAUCGAGCCAUUAACCAGCUGUUCGACAUCGCCAGGAUUCAGCACUGCAGCCAGCUGCUGCGAGCACUGCAGCUGGUGAUCACAGCACUGAAGACUCAUAAAUAUGACAAGAGCAUUCAGGUGACGGGCAGCGCCGCUCUGUUUUACCUCACCAACACCGAGUACCGCAGCGACCAGAGCGUCCGUCUGCGCAGACAGGUCAUACAGGUGGUGCUCAACGGCAUGGAGCAUUACCAGGAGGUGACGGUCCAGAGGAAUUGCUGUCUGACGCUCUGUAACUUCAGUAUUCCUGAGGAGCUGGAGUUCCAGUAUCACAGAGUCAAUCUGCUGCUGCUGAAGAUCCUGGAGCCUGUGCGUCAGGACGAGUCCAUCCAGCGCAUCGCCGUCCAUCUGUGUAACGCACUCGUCUGUCAGGUCGACAACGACCACAAAGAAGCCGUCGGCAAGAUGGGAUUCGUCAAGACGAUGCUGAAUCUGAUCCAGAAGAAGCUGCAGGACAGAAUGUGUGAUCAGGUGAUGGAGUUCUCGUGGAGCGCGCUCUGGAACAUCACAGACGAGACGCCUGAUAACUGUCAGAUGUUUCUGGAGUGUAACGGCAUGAACCUCUUCCUGGAUUGUCUGAAGGAGUUUCCUGAUAAGCAGGAGCUGCACCGUAACAUGCUGGGGCUGCUGGGUAACGUGGCUGAAGUGAAGGCGCUGAGGCCGCAGCUGCUGACCAAGCAGUUUAUCACGGUGUUCAGUGAGCUGCUGGACAGUAAAGCGGACGGCAUCGAGGUGUCCUAUAACGCCUGCGGAGUCCUGUCACACAUCAUGUUCGACGGGCCGGAGGUCUGGACCAUGGAGGAGCCCAGGAGGACACACGUCAUGGAUAAAAUGUGGGCGGCCAUCCAGAGCUGGGACGUCAGCUCGCGACGCAACAUCAACUACAGGUCGUUCGAGCCCAUCCUGCGUCUCCUCCCUCAGAGCAGCGCUCCGGUCAGUCAGCACUGGGCCACAUGGGCGCUUUAUAACCUGGUGUCCGUUUACCCGGGUAAAUACUGCCCUCUGUUGAUAAAGGAGGGCGGCGUGUGUUUGUGUGCUUAUCAGCUGAAAUGA